AUAUCGUGUUCUCUUUUAAUGCCACAGCAUAAAAAAGGAUGCACAUCAAAUGCAAUAGCAACACAAAGCAUGUGUAAAGAUAAUUUAUUUUGUUUGGUUGUUGUUUUAAAAAAAAAAAAAACCCGUCUAAUCUAGUAGGAAAUAAUAAUGGGGUGGGUGUAAAAAAAAUCAAUUUUGCUGCUUGUUAGGUUGGGUUAGUUGGAGUUAUCUCCCUUUUAAAACGUUCAAGUCUCGCCCUAAAAACUUUCUAAACAUGAGCGGCAUAGGGCCAACCUUAGGCGACUCGAUAACGACCCUAUCCGAAGCCCUGACCCUUGAAAUUGGGCCCUUCGAGGCCGUACAUCGUUGGCGGUCGUUACCUGAAUGUGACGAGUUCGUCGGUGCAAGACGUAGUAAACACACAAUUGUAGCUUACAACGAUGCCAUUUACGUCUUCGGGGGUGAUAACGGCAAAAGCAUGCUAAACGACUUAUUGAGAUUUGACGUAAAAGAAAAAAGUUGGGGCAGGGCUUUUGCUACAGGGGCCCCGCCAGCCCCACGAUAUCAUCACUCGGCCGUAGUCUACAAUGAUUCUAUGUUUGUAUUUGGCGGCUACACGGGCGAUAUACACUCUAACUCGAAUCUAACAAACAAAAAUGAUUUGUUUGAGUAUAAGUUCAAAACUGCUCAGUGGACUGAGUGGAAGUUUGCUGGCAAAAUGCCUGUACCCAGAUCAGCACACGGGGCAGCUGUUUACAAUGAUAAGUUGUGGAUUUUUGCUGGAUAUGAUGGCAAUGCUAGGUUGAACGACAUGUGGACUAUACCUUUAGGAUAUGGGGAAAAAGUUUGGGAGGAAAUCAAUCAAAACGGCGAAUGUCCGCCAACAUGUUGCAACUUCCCUGUUUCAGUUGCUAGAGAAUCUAUGUUUGUUUUUAGCGGACAAAGCGGGGCAAAAAUGACAAACUCACUAUUUCAGUUUAACUUUAGGGAAAAAACCUGGACAAGGAUUUCGACUGAAAAGAUUUUGCGGGGUGCUCCACCUCCUCCAGCUAGACGGUAUGGGCACACCAUGGUAGCUUUUGAUAGGCACUUGUACGUUUUCGGUGGAGCUGCUGAUGCUACUUUAUCCAACGAUUUACAUUGUUUCGAUUUGGAUUCGCAAACUUGGAGCGUCGUUCUACCAGAUCCAGAUUCCUUCGCACCAUCAGGCCGAUUAUUUCACGCAGCGGCCGUAGUAAAUGACGCCAUGUUUAUAUUUGGUGGUACCGUCGACAAUAACGUACGUAGCGGUGAAAUGUUUCGCUUCCAAUUUGCCAGCUAUCCUAAGUGUACCCUGCACGAAGACUACGGCAACUUGUUGACCAAGAAAGAGUGUCAACCAUACUACGAUAUUAGGUUUUUAGUAGGAGAAAACGAGGAAAAGAUUUUUGGACAUGUUCCUAUUGUUGCAGCUCGGUCUGGUUUUUUACGAGAAAAAAUACGACAGGCUAAAAUUGCUAUGGAAAAACAUGUCCAAAAGCUUUUUAGGGAUAACAACAAAUUUACCGACCUAAUCAUCACUGAUUACUUGGAAGUAAAACUUCCCAAAGCCAACUGUGACGCAUUUCGCAUGGUUCUUGAUUACAUUUACACAGAUCGUAUCGAGCCAGCAAAAUACAUAACCAAAGACGAACCGGAUCAAGAAAAAAUAAUCCUAAUACGAAUAAUGGACGUCUAUCAAUUGGCUGAGGAGUUUCAAAUGACUCGGCUCGAAUAUCUUUGUGUGCAAUUCCUAAAUACAACCAUUUGCCUCAAUAAUAUCGUUGAGGCCUUGAAAAAUGCAGACAGAUUAAGCUUAGAAUACAUCAAAGAACAAUGUUUGAGGUUUAUUGUUAAGGAAACUAAUUUUAAUCACAUUAUAAUGAGUGCUGAAUUUGAAACCUUGGAUGGCAAAUUGAUGGUGCAAAUUAUACGCAGGAAACAGAUACCACCCAAAAAGGCAGCCUAUGAAACAAUGUUUGAUCUAUCUAAAAGUUGUUUGGAGGACGAUAUGGAAAACUUCCUGUUGAGUACAGGCAAGGAAUUUUGCGAUGUUGAUCUUAUAUUGGAAGACCACGUGAUUCCAGCUCACAAAGCUAUUUUGGUGGCACGUUCUGGAUACUUUGAAGCCAGAUUCCGGUCUUGUAUGCCUAACGAAAAUGAUAAAAGAGUUAACAUUAAAAUUGGUGAGCUGACACCGUCCAAAAAAUCCUUCGACACUUUACUACGCUACAUUUACUACGGUGAAACUAAAAUGCCUCCAGAAGACUCCCUAUACCUUUUUGCUUCAGCAUCUUUUUUCAACUUUUCAAAUAUACGUUUGCAAGCCUUUUGCAAGCAAAACCUGGAAAGAAACGUCACACAUGAGACUGUUAUUGAAGUUUUAGAAGCAGCUGAUCGCAUCCAGGCUACAGACAUGAAAAAAUACGCCUUGGACUUGAUCGCGCUUAAUUUUACUAAAGUUGUAAGACAGCCCCGGUUCAAGAUGCUGGACAAGGCGUUGAUUUUGGAUAUUUUGGACAUUUUGGCUGAUUGCAUGGGGAGUAAUUUGAUUAUCGACCCAUGACGCAACCGGAAUUAUUUGUGUUGGGACGGAGAUAAGCGGACUGGGGUUUGGCCCUUUACCAGAAGAUUUAUUUAUAUAAGAGGCAUUAGGAUUAAGAGAGAGUAUUUACCUUGUACGCAGCAGGAUAAUAGGAAUAAUUUGUUGUGUUUUUUUAAGACGUAAUUUUUAUUGAAUGUUGAAUGUAUUUUGAGCUUAUUAAUAAAUGUAUUUGUUAAUGGCGAAAUAUAAAUGUUUGAGGGAAGAAGGAGAGGAAA